GGGUUCUCUGAAGGACUCGCAGAAAGGCCUGCGGCCCCUCUGGUGUCUGGGUCUCCACCUGCAGAAGCUGCACAGGGGCUGCCCUGCUCACAGGUGCAUCUCUCUCCCCCGUGGGGUUUAUCCCAGGUCAGAGUAGGUGCUCAUGGGAAAAUCCCUUGCAGAAGAGACUGAUUUGUGCUGGGAGGUCGAGUUCAGUGUGGGUAGUUGGGGCCGGACAGGAGAGCAGCAGACACCCCCGUGGCUGUGUGCACGAGACUGCCAUUACUGCUGCUCUGUCCUCCUGACUCCCACGGGGCACUGCAGGGUAUUACCUCUUUAGUCUUAAAUAGAGUUUUGUAAUAUUUUUCUAAGAAAGUUUUGAGACUUGAUGUCAAAAGCUCAUACAAGCCCUGCCCUUUAUCACACUUCAGUUCUUGACCAGCUCCCUUUAAGGAAUGGGGGGAAACCGGUCAUGGGUCACAGAGUUUGUGCUGCUGGGAUUCCAGCUCAGCGCUCAGACGGAACUGCUCCUCUUCUGGGUCUUCUCCCUGCUCUACAUCUUCAGUCUGCUGGCAAACGGCAUGAUCUUUGCGCUCAUCUGCCUGGACCAGAGAUUACACACCCCCAUGUACUUCUUCCUCUCCCACCUGGCCAUCAUUGACAUGUCCUAUGCUUCCAACAAUGUCCCCAAGAUGCUGGCAAACUUAGUGACUCAGAAUAGAGCCAUCUCCUUUGUCCCAUGCAUCAUCCAGACUUAUUUGUAUCUGGCAUUUGCUCACAUAGAGUGCCUGAUUUUGGUGGCAAUGUCCUAUGAUCGGUACGUGGCCAUCUGCCACCCCCUCCAGUACACGGUCAUCAUGAGCUGGAGUGUGUGCUUGGUCCUGGCUGCCACUUCUUGGUCCUGUGGAUUUGUCCAGGCUCUGCUACAUGUGGUUCUCCUUGUAAGGCUGCCGUUCUGUGGGCUCCAGGAAGUAAACCACUUCUUCUGUGAAAUCCUCUCUGUCCUCAAGCUGGCCUGUGCUGACACCUGGCUCAACAAAGUGGUCAUCUUUGCUGCUGCUGUCUUUGUCUUAGUCGGGCCCCUGUGCUUGGUGCUGGUCUCCUACACACACAUCCUCUGGGCCAUCCUGAGGAUCCAGUCUGGGGAGGGCCGCAGGAAGGCCUUCUCCACCUGCUCCUCCCACCUCUGCGUGGUCGGGCUCUUCUUUGGCAUAGCCAUGGUGGUUUACAUGGUCCCAAAGUCCAGUCAACAAGAGGAGAUGGAGAAAAUACUGCCCUUGUUUCACUGUCUCUUUAACCCGAUGCUGAACCCCCUCAUCUACAGCCUGAGGAACACCCAGGUGAAGGACGCCUUGUGUAGGGCGCUGCAGGUGAGGGCCAGGUGA